AUGCGCUCUGCGCAAGCGAAAUCGGACCCCGAACGGGCCACCCGGUUGAGGGAAAACAAACGCAAGCAUAGGUCAAGACAGAAGGAGUAUGUCGCUGAUCUGGAACGGAAGUUGGAUGAGUACCGGCUGCAAGGCAUUCAAGCGACCAAAGAGGUCCAGCUAUCGGCGCGAAGAGUGGCACAAGAGAACGUUGGCUUGAGGCUUCUGCUUCGCCAGCAGGGCGUAGACGACGUUACUGUGGACGCUUGGGUACAGAAGGCAUUAGGCAACCAUGGCAGUACUUCGGUUUGCGCGGAGCCAGAAUGGGGAGAGGCGAGUCUGGUUACACCUUCGAUGUCGACACAUAUCUCUCCACUCACAAAUCCCUCGGAUGCAACAAGGAUUGACACGGAUCCGUCGUCAUGUCAAGGAUCUCCCGCACCACUUACUGUGAAAGGGCCCGAUGCGACGGGAAGGGAACUAUUGGAUCCGUCUCCGGCAUCAACCAGAUGCGACGCGAGCAACGGUAACCAGCGGAACCCAGCGGAAGAAGCUUCCGUCGAUCAGGCACCUUCUGCUAUACCGUAUGCUCCAUGUAAACUCCUUACACAACUCAAGGCCAAUCCAGGCGCGGAUAUUACCCAGCUGCCGGUGGAAGUUGCCAGAGGCGAAGAGGCUCAGGAUGAGUCCGAUGGAGUAGAAUGUAAUCGGGCAUACGAAAUGCUUAUGCGAUUUGCAACGACAGAGGAGAAGCUUGACACUGUUGCUCAUGCGCUUGAGAAAGGAUGUGUAAAAAACGGUGGCGGUAAAGGUGGAUGUAGAGUGCGAAAUGAGGCGAUCAUGAAAGCAUUGGAUAGCGUCAUCAGCUAG